AGUGUUUGUUUCACUCCUGACCUUUGAUCAGUUCAGAACAAACAUGGCGUUCAUCUACAGAGAAAAGACGCAUCUCUUCUUCUUAUUACUCACCGCUGCUUCAUUCCCAGCAUGCACUGGGACUUCGGAAGGGGUGUUCCUGGAAAGACCCGAAGCGAGUGUUUUCCUGCAUCGGAGCCGUCGGGCUAACUCGUGGCUGGAAGAGUUGAGGCAAGGGAACAUCGAGCGAGAAUGUUACGAGGAGAAAUGCUCCUACGAGGAGGCCCGAGAAAUCUUUGCUCUGCCACAGCAACUGGAGACUUUCUGGAGGACUUACACAGCUGUAGACCACUGCUUGUCCUUCCCCUGUAAGAACGGGGGAACCUGCACUCGCCACUUCAGCAACUACGUCUGCAAAUGUGCCCCAGGCUUCCACGGAACCCACUGCGAGAAAGCUCGCCUGACCUCGAAUGGCUGUCGCUACAGAAACGGAGGCUGCGAACAUUUCUGCACGGAGCUCUCAGAUCGUUCUCCUUCCUGUUCCUGUGCACCGGGCUAUGGUCUGGAUCAGGACAACAGCACGUGCCUUCCCAAAGAUCCUGUUGUCUGUGGAAGGCGUCUGAUUCAUUUUGCUCCACGAGUUGUUAAUGGGGAGAUCUGCCCUCUAGGACAUUGUCCGUGGCAGGCUCUGCUGACGGAACAUAACGUCUUCAUCUGCGGAGGCAUCGUUCUGUCGGAUAGGUGGAUUUUAACGGCGGCUCACUGCGUUUGGUCCAAACCGAUCGCCAUCUUUCAUGUCACCGUAGGUAAACAUGACCUGGAGGAGCCGGAGAAGACGGAGCAGCGGAGGAGGGUGCUAAAGGUGUUGAUCCACCAAGACUACAACCAGACCUCCUAUGACAGCGACAUUGCCAUGCUGAAGCUCCAUCGCCCCGUCAAACUGGGUCCCAACGUGGUGCCCAUUUGCCUCCCGGCCCAGAACAGCACCUUUUUCCGCACGCUGUACAGCGUCCGCCACUCAACCGUGUCUGGAUGGGGCCGCCGGAUGGAGCACGGCCUGCCCGCACGUUACCUGCAGCGGCUGGUCCUCCCCAGGGUCCCCCUGCAGGAGUGCCGGCUCCACAGCAAGCUCCCCAUCACCAAGAACAUGAUGUGCGCGGGGCUGAGGAGCGGCGGACAGGACGCCUGUGGGGGCGACAGCGGCGGCCCCCUGGUAACGAAGUACAAGAAGACCUGGUUCCUGACGGGGGUGGUGAGCUGGGGAGAAGGGUGUGCCAAAGAAAACAUGUACGGCAUCUACACCAAAGUCAAUAACUUCCUGAACUGGAUUGAGAGCGUGAUGGGGUCAGGCUGACACCCGCUGACCCUCUGAAAUGAGAAGAAGUCCUGGUUCAGAGUGAAGUACAGGGUGUUGUAACACAAUUUUAACAAACGGACUUCCAAAUUAAACUAAAUGUGGUUAUCUCUGAUUUUGAAUAGUAUUUCUCAUCCACCCAAAAACUGUUAAGUUAAAUUGACCAAACUGCCUCAUAAAUGCACAAAGAAUUGAUUUUAAUCUCACUCUUCUAUGGAAAAAACUUUAUUGAGUACAUUAAAAACUAUAAAUAUGC